AUGCACCCUAUGGGCAAUGGGCGCGCCGAGAAGUUCGUUCAGGAUAUCACAAGAAUCUUAUCCCAUAUAGUCCUUCAAUGUAACCUAGAAGCCAAAAUCAACCCUCCUGAUUUAACAAUCUGGCCCAAAUGCCUCGACACCGCUUUGUACACGUACCUCAAUCACGUCGCUAGGACCACCGGCAUCUCCCAAUACAACGUUGUCUUCGGCCAACACUGCCACAUUCUUGGCCAGUCAACCACCGGCAUACUCGACCCUGAAGCAUUGAACACCUUACUCACCGCUGACUACCGGGCCGACCGUGACAUCCUCCGCGCGUGUGCUUUGGAAAACGCCAACAACAACCGCCUCACCGAAACCGCCGCCAUCAAUGCUAAGCGCAAGCCUCCUGGCAAAUACGCCGUCGGCGCUUGGGUGUAUAUUCACCGCAGCAAACUCGAUACAACCUACGUUUCGUCACGCAAGCUCGUUAACCGCUGGACAGGUCCUUAUCAAGUUUCUAAGGCAUACCCCGGUGGCGCGUACCUCUUACUCGACGAGCACGGAUGUCCCGCCUUCAAUUCGCGACCGGUCAACCACCUUCGCAUGGUUCCUGCCAGGGUCCGCCCGGCUUGGCAUGUUCCCGCGUUCAAUGCGCCAUACAACACCCCUCUCCACGAUAAUCAAGAGGAUCCACCCCCUCCCAACGCCAGGCCAGAAGAGAUCGACAAUGACUCUCUCUCGGACGUCCCCGAACUCGUUCCGGACAACCUUCAAGUUUCUCUCGCCGUCCUUUCCGAGGCGCUUCCCUCCGACGACAUCUCCUCGUAUCCCAGUGAACGCCCCGUCGAUCACCGACCCACCCUCGACGACCGUCCACUACGCGCAUGUGUCACGCAGUGCCCCGUUCGCCCCAGAUGUUGA